GCAAGAAUAAAGGUGUGUUUGUGAAUGCUUAAAAAAAGCACUUUCAGCUUUUUUGGAGUGUAAAAGCUAAAUGGGGUGUUUGCAAAUGAAAAAUUCAGCUUAAUUUAAUCAGUUUUAAGCCAAAAGCAGGUCUGGGCAUGCUUUUUUCUGCUUCUUGGUAUUUCCGUAAAUAAGUUCAACUUUUUGGGAUGUUUUUAUUUCUAAAUAUAAAAAAUACUCCAAAAGUACCCUUAUCCCAAGUACCCUCGUACAGAGCAUCUUUCAUCAUCCCUACGUGACAACCACCUUCCCUCCUCCAAAAAUUGCAGCCGGACGAUGUGCUUCGCUACACCAGACCGCCGCCGCCACUCCCGCAGCAGAUUUGCUUCGCCACCGCCGGCAGUCAAGGAGGAAUCUGCACAACUGUUUCUGCUCUCUUCGGAUUUUAAUCAUCAUAUUCUAUUUUUUUUUUUUGCCCAAUUCUACCAACCCUUUUUCUGCCUCUUCCGAUUUUCCCAUCCAUACCUCACUCGCUUUCUCUCCAGGGGCAGAGCAAUGAUGUCGUACACCUGGAACAUCCUUUUGUUGGCAACUGAUGGAGCAUCUUAUUGUAGAGGCAUGAUUAUCUAAUUGGAGGUUACUUUUGUAAUUUAAUAAAAUAUUACCUUAGGAAUCACUUUUUUACCAAACACUCCAACUUUUACAUUUUAAUUAAAAUCACUUCUAUUCCCAAACACUACCAACUUUUACUACAAAUCACUUUUCCAAUAAUCUCUUAAAAAAAUCACUUUUAAAAAGCACAAGCAAUCGCAAACACUCCCUAAGCAUUCCAUCUUGUAUGCACUACAUAUUACACUAUCAAAUCUAUUCAAUUAAAUAUGGGUCGCAUAUUGCCGCUCACCAUAGCUUUAGCCAUUGUAGUUGUAGCCCUAGCUGCUUCUCCAUUGGCGCGUGCAUAUGACCCCGACAAGUUGCAGGACUUUUGUGUGGCAAUCAAAGACUCUGACGCUAGUGUGUUUGUGAACGGAAAGAUUUGCAAAGACAUAAACCACGUAAAUGCUGAUGAUUUCUACUUGCAAGCCCGAUUUAACAUCCCACGAAACACAUCAAACCUGUUUGGAUAUGUGCGGACGCCAAUAGGAGCGGGAACCCUACCAGGACUAAACACGAUGGGUAUUUCAAUAGGGCGUGUGGACUUGGGACCGUAUGGGGUGAACACUCCCCACAUUCAUCCUCUAGCAACCGAGGUCGUCACGGUAUUGGAGGGGAGAAUAUAUAUUGGAUUCAUUGACUCUAGAAACAGAUUGUAUGCCAAGACGCUCCUUCCUGGAGACAUUAUUGUCUUGCCAAAAGGACUCAUUCAUUUCUUGUACAACACUGAAGACCGCAAUGCAGUUGUUUAUGCUGCUUUUGGGAGCCAAAACCCAGAAGCCCUCCAUUUACCCAACGCUAUUUUUGGCAGUGAUCCUCCCAUUCCUCUUGAGAUUCUUAGCAAAGCUUUCUUAUUAGACAAGAAUGAGAUUAGCCGAAUCCAAUCCCAGAUUCGGUCAGAAUUAUCCAAGUGAGAUCAGCACAUACUCAUGCAUGCAUGUGUGCACGUCCGGUCUCAAUAUACAUUCUCAGUAAUAGCUAUAUUAAAUAAAGGAACCUCUAUAUGUAGAAAAUCAAUAAAUGUAUGUGCCAUCCGAUGGAGUUCAAGGCAUACAUAUAAUAAUGUAUUAUAUUAUGUGUCCUUUUCUAAUCUUGUUAUCUUACUCUCGUAUAAAUUAAAUAUAUUUGUCAUGGAUUU